UAUCACUUGUUUUAAUUUCAAGAUAAGAUUUUCGUCAGCGUCAGGUGAACGAGUCAAAACGUAAUUUAUGUGACAAAUUUAGUGAUAGAACGACUAUCAUAUUAUAGUCUUCGAUGUUUCAGUGCCGUUGUAGUGCGUCAAGUGUUCCAAAAAGAUAAGUUUUUGAGUGUUUUUGAGGAUAAUGCAAAUGUUCAGUUGUCGCAUACAUGCCGCUGGAAGUGCGAAAUCAACUUGGUGCGUCCUCGGACGGUCACAGAAGAAGAAGUAGAUCGUGGGGAAAUCGACUAAGAGCUUCAUCUGUGGUUUCUUUAAAUCAAGUCCCGAGACGAUCGUUUUGCGUAUCCACGUUGACUGAAGAACCUACUAGCAAGAUUCGACUCACGAUAAUCCGAGGGAAGAAUCUUAUGAAAAAAGAUAUUUUUGGGGCGAGGUAUGAUCCUUACGUGAAAAUUGACCUGAAUACUAUAAAUGGAGAUGAGACUAUUGAUUCUGUGUUAACCAAAACAAAGAAAAAGACUUUGAAUCCAGAAUGGAACGAAGAGUUUAUAUUUAGGGUGAAGCCUGCGGAACAUAAAUUGGUGCUACAAGUAUUUGAUGAAAAUAGAUUAACUAGGGAUGACUUCUUGGGAAUGGUAGAACUCACGUUAAUCAAUUUGCCAAGGGAACAAGAAGGAAGGAACAUAGGAAAUGUCAAAUAUCUACUAAGACAAAGAAGCGGUUUUAGUGCGCGUUCAAGGGUUCGAGGACAUCUUGAACUGUAUCACGCCUUCCUUUACGACAGCGAUGUACCACCUCUUGCAGAUCCUGAAGAAAGUAUUGGCGAUGACAGAGACUGGGAGUUCAUUAGCGAAGGCAGAGAAGAAAGUCCCGCGCCGGCCCUUUAUGUGAAUGCUACUUCUGAUUCCACAACGCCUCUACCUCCUGGAUGGGAGGAACGGCAAGAUGCGAACGGAAGAACAUACUACGUCAACCAUAUCGCGCGAACUACACAGUGGGAAAGACCCACUCUAAGCAAUAACGUUGAUAACCAGUUGCAAGAGCAAAGGGUCCUUGAGCAAGCCACAGUUUUUGAGCGUCGUUACCAUAUAAGCGCAGACGACGAAAAUAAUGGACGCGGUGACUCGAACAAUACAAGUCAGGCCGUUAGUCCGAAUAGUGACGGUGCUGCUGCUGGUUCGGACGUAGGUUCGGAAUUAAAUAACCUGCCUGAAAUAAGGGUUUCAAACGAGGUAGAUGAAAGUAUCGCUACUGAGCUCAACAAUCGACUCAGUAUCAGAUCAGCCGAGAACAAUAACGAUUCAGAGUACAACGCUUCGGCGGAAAGCAAUGAAAGCAGUAGAAGAAGUUCGUUUGAUUAUCCACAAUUCGAACUAAGAGGAAGAUCUAUUUUUGGGUCGCGUGUUGAACGCCGACCAGAUGAUGAUACAGAAAUUGCCGACACGGAUUCGGAGAGCGACGACCAAACAGAUAGCCUCUCAAACAGCUCAUCGCGUCGUGAUUCUACAGUAUCAACAACCAGCAAUAGCAACACUCCUAACAAUUUAGAGUUAUUAUCUGAAGGUUUACCUCCGGGAUGGACAGUGCAAGUGGCUCCCAAUGGCCGACUGUUCUUCAUUGAUCACAAUGAAAGAACGACAUCAUGGGUAGAUCCCAGAACUGGCCGUGCCAGUCCCAUGCCGAAUCAAGCUGCCGUGCCUUUGGUGAAUAGAAAGCCUGAUGACGACUUAGGUCCGUUGCCUGAAGGGUGGGAGGAAAGAGUCCAUUCCGAUGGAAGGAUAUUCUUUAUCGACCACAAUACGAGAACAACACAGUGGGAGGAUCCUCGACUCUCAAAUCCGCAAAUCGCGGGACCAGCGAUACCAUAUUCGAGGGACUAUAAACGAAAGUAUGAAUAUAUGAAAACGCAACUCAGAAAACCGAACAACGUACCCAACAAAUUUGAAAUCAAAGUAAAAAGAAGAAGUAUUCUGGAGGAUUCAUUCCGGGUGAUAACUUCCGUCCCUAGAGUAGAACUGUUGAAAACUAAGUUAUGGAUCGAAUUUGAAGGCGAAGUUGGACUGGAUUAUGGAGGUUUGGCCAGAGAAUGGUUUUAUCUAUUAUCGAAAGAAAUGUUUAACCCUUACUAUGGACUAUUUGAAUAUUCAGCCAUGGAUAAUUACACAUUACAAAUUAAUCCAUACUCUGGCUUAUGUAAUGAAGAACAUCUAAAUUAUUUCAAGUUCAUUGGUCGGGUCGCUGGGAUGGCUGUAUAUCAUGGAAAACUGCUAGAUGCAUUUUUCAUUAGACCGUUUUACAAAAUGAUGUUAGGCAAAUCCAUUGAUCUUAAAGACAUGGAAUCUGUUGAUUCGGAAUAUUACAAGUCACUGUUGUGGAUUAAAGAAAAUGAUCCAUCAGGACUUGAUUUAACAUUUUCUGUAGAUGAAGAAUCUUUGGGGCAUACAACUGUCCAUGAACUCAAGCCAGGAGGUGCCAACAUUCCACUAGACAACUCUAAUAAAGACGAAUAUAUAAAGUGUAUAAUUCAGUGGCGGUUCGUCGGACGGGUGCAACAGCAAAUGAACGCGUUUUUGUCUGGUUUUAACGAUUUAAUUCCGUUGAGUAUUGUCAAAAUAUUUGAUGAACACGAGUUAGAACUUUUAAUGUGCGGUAUACAACAUAUCGACGUGAAAGAUUGGAAGCAGAACACGUUGUACAAAGGGGAUUAUCAUGGAAAUCAUAUAGUCAUUCAGUGGUUUUGGAGGGUUGUUUUGUCGUUUAACAAUGAGAUGAGGGCUCGACUUUUACAGUUCGUUACUGGUACGUCAAGAGUGCCAAUGAAUGGCUUUAAAGAACUUUAUGGUAGCAAUGGUCCUCAGUUAUUUACAAUUGAAAAAUGGGGAACGCCUGAAAAUUUUCCAAGAGCUCAUACAUGUUUUAAUCGCUUAGAUCUACCUCCUUACGAAAGUUACCAGCACCUGAAGGACAAAUUAAUUAAAGCAAUAGAAGGAUCACAAGGCUUUGCGGGUGUAGAUUAAAAACGCGGAGGAGUCUAUAUUCUAUUACUAUUAUUCUGUCCAUUAUUUACUUAAGGUUCUAUAAGCCUCUUUAAAAAUCUAUUUCAAUCAUUACUAAUAUUAUAUAAAUAUUUUAUAGAGUGAAUCUUGAAGUCGUUAUUUUUAUCUGUAAUGUACUUUGUAAAUAUAUUAUACAUGUUUUAAACUAUUUACUGUAGACAUAUUAUAGCUUUACUUUUCUUUUUUAACGUAGAGUAGGCAAACUGUUGAACGUGAGUAUUUUAUAUUCCUAUAAUGUUGAUCAAAAAUACAACGUUAAAAAAAUAAGUCAUGCAUCGAGCAGAGAUUAAGCUAUCAUUAAGGCUGAUUGAGGGAGAGUUUAAGCCAAACUUUGUUAUAUUAUUUGUUUUUGAUUAUUAUUUUCGUCGUGGAGAUUUCGUUCAUUAUUAAUACUUACUAAUCUGAUCUUCUACUUAAUGUAUUAUUUCCGUUUACGUAUGUAAACACAUGUAUUUGUAUCUAUACCUGAUAUCUACGUCUUCAUUUUUGUGUUGAGUUAAUGGUUUUUAUAAUUUCUGAUGUAUAUAUUUUAAAUUUUAAAUUCAAAACGUGCUGUAUUAUGCUUUGUAUGUUAAAUGGGAUUAAAAAUAUAUUUUAAUAGUUUCACUUGUUCGAA